AUGGAUCACCCGGAGCUCUACGCUAUUCGACGCAGCGAACACGGCGAUCAGAACGGGGUGCUCGAGUUGGAUUCGCCCAGUAAAGAUGCUCGUCGGUCAUAUUUCGGUCGAGCGUUGGUGGGAGCAGCCAUCGAGACGUCAUUUCUAGCGCUCACCGCCACAGAUCCGACCAGACCUGAACGUGUUCUAGGCUUCGCCGCCUUUGACAGUUCUCCACCGGGUGAACUGGCUGAUGCUGCUUGCUAUCCGGCAUUCCUCGAGCACAAAUUCGAUCUUCCACCUGCUUCGGCGUUCCUGUUUCUGACGUACUUUGCUCAACGUCAAGCGACUGCGGGGACUGCAAGUCGACCGCCAGUGCUCAAGCAUUUGCUGCAUUCGAUGUUUGCCAGUUUGGUGAAUAAGCGCAGUGUGUUGCUCGUUCUACCCGAAGACGUCAAUAUUACUGAGACUGAACCAGCGUUGGCCAAGUUCUUCGAACGAUUACCAACUCGCUCAACACCCAUAGAAGCCCCUGGAAAGCGGCUAGAGCAACAAUUCGCCAAGAACGCCAAGACUUUCAGUCAGUUCAUAGUGUACCAAGCUAAGGUGGACUCCUUCUUCCCAGCCGUGCAUGUUCGUCGCGCUAGAGUGGAAGACCAUGACGAUUUGCAGCCUAUCCUAACUGCUCAAGCUGAAGCUGUGUCCUCAGCAUUUGGAGACUAUUUCCUAGCAGAACUCAUUCACGACCAGGACGAGCACAACGUCUGUCUCAUUGCAGAAGCUGCCACUACAAAUUCUGCUGGUCAGGGUCGAGCUGUCGGUCUGUUAGCGAUCUCCGACCAGAUCGACGUAUCCACGCUACAAGACAAUUUCGCUCUGAGUGCUCUAAGUGACCUAGCCAAGAGCAACACUACAGCCCUACGGACUGACAAGAUCACUCCACCCAGACUCGUGAUCGCUGGGCCUCCCGCUGGGGGUAAAGGCACUCAGUGCGAACUGCUAGUUGAGGCAUUCAACGUGCUGCAUCUAUCGACAGGAGAUCUACUGCGUGCCGCAGUGGCGUGUGGCUCUCCUUUGGGCGUUCAGGCCCAGCAUUUCAUGGACUCUGGCCAACUAGUGCCCGAUGAACUGAUCGUGGACGUAGUGCUUGAGCGAUUGGCUCAACCGGAUUGCGAGUCUCGGGGCUGGUUACUGGAUGGAUUCCCGCGAACAUCCACUCAGGCUCAAGCUCUCCUAGCAGCAGGCUUUUGUCCUGACGCAAUGAUCGCGCUUGACGUUCCAGACGACGAGGUUGUUCGACGUAUAGCUGGACGUCGAGUAGAUCCCGAGACAGGCAAAACGUACCAUCUCGAGUUUAAUCCACCGCCUCAAGACGAAGACGUGCUCGCUCGACUCAUUCAGCGCAGCGAUGAUACCGAGUCGACAAUUCGUCAGCGUCUGGCUACGUUCCACAAGCAUUUGGGCUCUGUUCUGUCUGCUUUCAAUGCUGUUCCAGGCUCAGGAGCUAAGGUUAUUACUGUGAAUGGCCUCCAGUCGAAGCACGCUGUGGCGCAGCAUAUUGUUGAGCAAACGCGUACGAUCAAGACUGCACAGAAGCUGCGACUGCUGAUAAAUCGCGGCGACAUGACGCCGCCGAAGCUGGUGAUCUCGGGUCCGCCUGCAGGAGGGAAGGGCACACAAUGUGAGCAGCUUGUAGCUCUGCUUAAUGUGGUUCAUCUUUCCACUGGUGACAUGCUGCGUCAAGCUAUUCGAGAGAAAUCCCCGCUAGGAAUGCAGGCACAGAGUUUCAUGGAUGGCGGUCAACUGGUACCGGAUGAGUUGAUCGUGGACGUUGUGCUGGAGCGAAUCACGCAGCCAGAUUGUGAGAGCAGAGGAUGGCUACUCGACGGAUUCCCACGCACAGCUACACAGGCGGAGGCUCUUUUAGCAGCUCGAGGAGGGAAGGCUGCUCCUGAUUACGUACUGGUGCUCGAUGUUCCGGAUGAAGAAGUUAUCCGACGUAUCGCAGGUCGUCGCGUGGACCCCGAGACUGGGAAAACGUACCACGUGGAGUUCAACCCGCCACCUCCAGAAGUCCAGAUGCGUGUGAUUCAGCGUAGUGAUGACACGGAGGAGACGCUACGUACAAGACUGGAGCAGUUUCAUGCACAUAGCGAUGGAGUAUUGGCUGCAUUUGAGGGGUACCACGGCGAGAACGGCACAAGUGUGCAAAUUAUCCGCGCUGACGGAUUACAACCUGCUUCUUUGAUCGCCAAGGCGUUCGUAGCUCCAACAAUUGAGCGUGGCGUGGAGGCGGAAGCACGAGUUUUACAACAUACAGGAGCGGAGAAUCUCUCCAAGUUGGCGCGUGCUGAAGCGCACUCCAACUGCUUCGCGAUCACCUUGUUUUGUGUGGGCGACGAUGCGUUCGAGCGGUCCUCGUCUGCAGAUCUACUGGUAGCAGCGUUCGCCACGUUCCCGACACGUGACUACUGCUUACUUACGCUACCGACACACGCACGAGAGCCUCCUUGUCUCGCCUUUUUCUCUCGUAUAACUGCGCGACCGGCAAGUGCGUUCACACACGCACUAUACGUGCUACAUCGCGACGCUAUUUCCUUCUUCUGUCCUCAAACAAGCGACGGUCGCGGUGUACUUCACCCUGUGCAGAUUGACGUGCAACGUUUGCUUUCAAGUGGUGAAAAUGCAGCAGAAUUGGCCCCAUUGAUGGCAGGAUUGAACCGCCAAACUCGUCAAGCACUGGACCAAGAGCUAGAAUCUGCCAACGAAGAGGCCGAAAUCGACCUGGAAGACUCGCCAAGGCACACAGCGUUCGUUGUACGUGCCAAUGGACAAGUUGUCGGGCUGGCAGCGCUCGCUCGACAGCCCGAAGUGGCGACGUUGCUGCCUCAUCACUUCGAUAUCGACCGUGUGGCACGUAUGGAGUUCCACCGUGCUAAAGAUCUGGCAUUUGUGCGUCAUCUGAUUCUAAAUCCUAUUUUCGCGUCGUGCUCGCGUGUCGUGUUACUUGAGUUAAUGAGGCUUUUUCGCAAAACAUGCCUCAUUUAUCAAGUACCGACGGGACUUGGAACGAAUACGAGCAACUUAACGUCGACAUCGUUCAGUGCUGCGCUGGAGGAGUUCGUGCUCGCUCCACCACGACGUGGUGCGCACACUAACGCAGGGAAAAGCCCUGCAUCAAUCACAAAAGACACUGAGGAAGUGAGUGACGACGUCAAGGAUGAACGGGAGCGAGUACGACGCGCAGCAGUUUGUGCUGCCUUCGCGCUGUUUGUAUUACCCAAACGCUUACUGUCGGAACCGAAGAUGACCGUCAACCAACGCGUCGUGUUUGUGGGCGCUUCGGACGCAGCAUUGAGUUGCUUGGCUCGGCUUCUGGUGACUCCUUAUCUGCAUUUUUCUAAUCUCACGCUCAUUUCUCCGCAUGGUUUGACGGUUGCGACGAUGGAUGAAGGUGAGGAUGAUACUUCGACUCCUCGACCUUCGGAUUUUGCACGGAAGAGCACGUUCACAGCCGUGGAGAUGGAGCAAUUUAGCCUGCGGACUCAUGUGCGAGUUAUUGAGAGCCGAAUGGUGCGUCUGGAUCGGGAGACGCGAGCUGUGAUUCUCCAGGAUGGCUCCUGCAUUCCAUACGAUUACCUUCCGCUGACUACGGGGCUACAGGACGGCACAUGUACAGCACUUGGGAAGCUACCGCGGUUCGUGGACGAAAACUUUGACGAUGGCACUGCUAUGGCUGCAAUGUAUUACCCUCCAGUCAUUCCGAGGCAAAUGAUGGCAUUGGGAGACUUACCAACAUCUCAGAAGCUCCAUACUGCGCUGAACAAGACGAAUGCUACUUCUGGAGGUUCUAUUGUAGUGUAUGGCGGCUCAUUACUGGCACUUCAGGUGAUCCAGGCGCUGCUUGUUCGCGGUAUUAAUGGCAGUCGCAUUCAUCACGUCUCUCCAUCGCGAGACAACGGAUGUGGAGUCUUUGAGGACACCGUGGUGCGAUCAGAGAUGGACAAGCAGUACGCCAAUAGUGGAGUCACUCUUCACACAGCCAUGCAGAUUGUAGCCAUCGAGACGAAAACGGGAAAUGACAACGAACUGGAAGGUAUCCGCGUCUCGACUUUAGACGGAGCAAAAGGUUCCACCGAUGAACAUGCAUCUGCGGUUGAAGGAGAGUUGAUACCUUGUUCGUGGCUGCUGUGUUGUCGGCACAACGACGCGGACGCCGAUGUAUUUCGUGCUAUAAACGAAAGUGGCAUUGUAUACGAUGGCCGCCUUGUUGUGGACGGUCAUAUGCGCACGACCGACGCACACGUGCUGGGUGCAGGAUCGUUGUGCCGUUUUUCGAGACGAUUCAUGUCAGCCAAACUGCACGAGAACUACAGCAGCCGCGAAGGGGGUGAAUUGCUCGCUAAAUCGCUGCUUGAACUGCUAGAUCCGUUGGCAAUUCCUGAACCCUCGGAAGUGCAUCCACUGCCUGCACAACCGACGAAAACACCCAUGGUUCCACCUCCAGAGAUGGAAUUGCCUGUAAUUCGAAGCGCUGUGAUUCCUGGUGGCAAGUUCUACGUGCAGAUCAGCGUUCCAACUCUCACUAACACGCUGGCUCUGCAAUCGUUACCCACAAAUACUGCGUCGCGAGCAACGGACGCGAACCUCAUCGAUACGGACACGCACGCACCUUCUCGUCCUACCAGUGGAACGAGUAGACCAUCCCGGUACACGUGUUUGCUCUUUGACGACGUAGGGGUACUGAACCGACUGGAAUACCUGGGAGACGGCCCUUUACCCGUCCGCAAUCUACAGAACAUUGUGGGUCUGCACGAAGCGUAUCUAAACAGCGCACUGGCUUCGUAUUCUGCAGGUAAAGUUAACGAUUGGGUGGACUUCUUCGCCCACCCGUGGGCCAACGCCCUGUACCACGAUCGCUUCCCGGCAUUCCGAGCCAAGUUGCGUACGCUCUUGGCAAAGGACGACGGGGUCCGGGCCAUUGCGGACGAUGCAGUGGCGUUUAUGAGGGAAACGGGAGAUACAAAGGGAGCAAUGGCGUUGGCUCAAGAGCGCGUUGGACGAGGCGGGAGCGCAUUGGAGCCGUCGACGCGGAGGCUGGUGGAGAGUCAAGUGCUCGAGUUCUUGGGCAGCAACCGAGACGUCCUCAACAUGUUUCUGUUACCCAAAGGCGGAGCUGCUACACGACCAGGCAGCAAGUGA